CUUCAAACCAUCAUGAUGGAAAUUUCUUCAUUUGCUUUCAGGCUCGCCCCAAGUCAAGUGAACUGGUCAGAAUCUCACGCAAAAGCGCUCUCAAAGGACUAUUCAUUUACCGACAUUGCCAACGAAACGCCUGACAUGUACGUGCAGCGAACAUACCUGCAAUUCCUUUGGCUGCCAGAGUCUAUAAUGCCACUAACGCUCCUCAUUCCGAGCCUGCUACGCGUGAAUAUCGCGUCCUCAUCCCGACCCACCACACAUCCUUUGCACGUGCUUGUCUCGCCAUUACUGUUGACAAGUCGCUCAGCUGCCAACAAAUACCAUAUCGACCUACCACAACUUCUAUCAGACGGCGGAGGGGACGGUGAAAUUGAAGAGACGAUGAUGUGGUACGCUCUGAGCCACGAAAAGGCGGACGAGAGCGAGGGUCAGUCUCGCCCUGGAUCCAGUGAACGCGCAGAGGAACUAUGGAUGAAUGAGAAAUGGCGGCACAAGUGGUUGGAACGUAUGGAAAGACGAGAGGUGCUGAUUCAAAUUCUGCUCCAUUUUCUUGUUUUAUCUUUGCCCGGUCCACCACCGUCACCUUCAGGAUCUCCAUCUCGGAAAAGAAAGAAGCGAUCACCGCGUAAAGACGCGCCUCGUAGUCUGACCCAGACCACGGAAGACAGACUCGAAACAUUCAUGGACAAACUGUCCAUGUGGCAGCUGAUAAAUGCCGUGGAACAGUCGUCUCCAUCCUCCAAAGAUGAGAAGGAGGCUGAGCUUGACUGGAUACAACGCUUCUUUCGUGACGUUAUCGAACCUCAAUUUAAGACCAGCCUCCCCGACCAGUGCUCCCUCCUUCACUCCAAAAUUUUCCGCACAUCCAUUUUCUCAGACGAUGAAACGUCUUCACACUCUUCUGGUCGCUCUCCGUCACCGGAGACUCAGGCUCAGAAAGGACUUCUCCCUCGGCUUAAGCGGGCUCGAACUCUGACUGCCGACAAUACCUACGACCGACAUCCCUCUCCUGCGUUAUCGAUUGCAUCUUCUUCAACACGAGAAGUACAGGCCAGAUCACUGGCACGUUCACGCUCGCGUUCUUUGUCUGUUUCUCUUGCCCAGGAGAAGGAACGUGAGCGUGCCGAGAGUGUCGGUGCAAACUCGAAGAAACGCGUAUUGAAUCGGGAAGUUAGCAUGUCUAGGGUGUUCAAAGGGAAACCAAAGACCAAAGCGGAGGAAAUGCCCAGGGAGCAACCGAAGCCAGUGGUACACAAGCCUGUAAACGAGGGUGUGACGCUGGUGGAGGCUACUCCGGUGAAACCGAAACCAACGAGGCGGUUAGGGUUGAGCAGGGUACAUAAUUCGCAAAGUCAGGUCGCUUCCUCGUUCUUUUCAUCAAAGUUGGCGGCAAAGGAUGAGGAAGAGGAAGUGUGGGAUUUGCCAAGCAGUUCUCCCGACAUUCUACUAUUGAAGAGCAUCAGCUCACAAGGGGAGGGGUUUAAUUCUGAUGACGAGGUAGUAUUUGUUCCAGUCACGCCGACCAAGGGUCGCAAGUGACGCUUCUGGCAAUGAUUAUCCGUAUACUGCGGAGGGGACAUCGUUUUCUCGCCCCUAGGUAGUGAUGUUGCUUGGGUUAAGCUAGCUGUUGAAAAUCCGUGAAUGCUGUAGGUCAUGCCUGGCGGCUAAUAUCUCGCCCAGAGGCCAAGUAUUUGCUGGUCCUUGAAUUGUUUCAUCGAAUGUACUGUCAUCGAUGAGAUGAGGGAUUAUUCCUGUAGUCAGACUACGGCACUGGCUGGCUUCAGCUGCUACCAAUGGGCGUACAGCGUGCAGUAAGAUUUGCUGAGCAUUAUAUGGACCAAUGUCAUUCAAACGAACAGAAGCGGAAAGA